GCCGACUUCUUCGGAGAAGAUGCGUGAGCGACACAGAAGACGGUGCGAGAGGAGGUGGCGGAACAAACCCAGCGCAUGAAGAGGAUGAAAGGACACUUGGAGCCGAUGAUUGACAGGGAUGAAGGUGACGUCGAAGAACGUGCCUCGGGAAAGAGGACGCUAGGGAUGCGUAGCGGACAAGAACAAGGAGUCAAAAAGAGGCAGUCGAAGCAAGAGGGUGCAACAACAAGUAAGAAACCGAAGAGGCCUGACGGUUUGAUCAUCUGCGAAGGAGAAGCUAUGGGUGAAGGAGAUUCGGUUCGUCUAGGCAUUGCCGCCACGAGAGAACCUUCAGAGAAAUCCAAAAGGAAACUGGCAGCUGAAGAAGGCGAUGGCCAGAAGAAACCUUGGAGGAGGAAGACUGCUGAGGGGACGAGUGGUGGCGAAAGGGCGAUCGGUAGGCAGUAUGACGAAGCGGCAACGUUUUGGCUGGAAUACGAGCGGAACGAUGACGGUGAGAUCGUGGAGAAUGAGCUCCCCAUUCAACUGCUCAUCGACCCCAGGAAGGUCAGUCUCACGGAGAACACAAAACACAAGAUGUCUAAGCAGCGUACGCAGAAGGCCGCUUUCGAGGACAUUCGGGAGGCAUGGGAGAAUCAAGGAAGGCCGGUGGCCAUUCAAGGGAACCCUUCCGGUAAGGAGACUGAAAAACAAACAUUUUUCGACUUCCAAAAGCUGCUUUUGGGAAAGAGUCCAAACGGCGGUCACUGGACGAUGACACCUAAAGCGACAACGCUCGCCGACAAGGACCACCUCGCUCCCAUUGGCAAUGCAUUGAGGCAAUGGAUGCCGCUCGUGACGGCCGGUGAUAAGGUUUUCCGCAAAGGCAUGAAGUUCUACGACAAAUGGGCCAAGGAAAAGUUGUUGGGCGGAGACAGGAAGACGCCCUUGUCGAAUUCGGGCAAAUACAUGCCAGACAAAUCUCUGGGUCUUCAAGCGAUUCCAGAAAUGGGCGUGAAAGGGGCGGCUGGUGAAACGAAGAUGGGGUGGCUGGUCCGGGUCCCAACGCCUCCGACCAUAAAGAAAAUGCAAUUGGACGACAAUUUUUUCGUCGUCGUGAAGGAGUCAGACAUGUUCUGUUGGCAGUCUCUCGCUGACAUGACGGAUGCCGAAAAACUGUCGAUCCUCGACGACAUUCUCCCGCUGAGGGGAGUGUUCGUGCAAUCGGCGGGCAGGUAUCUAAAACGUCAGCAUAAUCCUGGAAUUAAAGACAUGGUCGAGACGAGGAAAGUGAACCGCAUGAUGCUCCGCAUGUUUCACUACGUCUUGUUCCUCGAAUACGAGGAGGACGCAGAGGUUUGGCGGUAUGGGAGCCAGUUUUUUCGGACCGAGGAACAACUUCUGGUGGAGUUCGCGCCGCGGGGCCUCACGAAUCAGGUGUGGGUCGAACUAUGGAAGCAUUUCCAAGGUGUGGUGGAGUACGUCAACACUUGCACACGUUGUCUUCCGUACGAGGAGUCCCUCGACGAAACGAAGAAGAUGUACGAUGAUGAGAGGUUCUCUAAAUCUUUCGAGAAGUCCGUCCGCUCCAUCUUGCGACGAACGGAGGAAGAGGUGCAAGACACGAUCAGGGUCAGUGGGGAUGUGAGACACAUCAAAUGACACAAGAUCAACCGGGUGACCAGCCUUAUUACUUUCAGUUGUCCAACUUCCAAGGCUCACACUCGUCUCUGUGAGAUCCGCGAGAUUGUGCGACAUUAC